AUGACUCAAAGAAUCACGGAACUCCAUACAAAACUCUUAGAGAAACAAAAGAACACCAAAGACUUGAAUUAUAAAAACGACUGGAAGACAACUCUGUUCAGUUCUCAGUUUUUAAAAGCCCCACAACUCUUCGUCAUGAAGGACUCUUCCUUCAUCAAUACGUUAAGUCAGAACGUCGCGAGUAAAGUGAAGCGUCGGAUUUAUAUCCGAGUCGUCGAGGAUGAGCUCAAUGAAAGCAAUUUAAGAGGCGAUGGUGUUUAUGAGAAAACACUGAAUGUGGUAUUCAAGAAAGAAGGAAAUGCCUUUGUGGGAAGACACAGAAGAGACGUUUGCGAAUUUGUGUAUUACACCGGAGAACCAAAGCCAGAAAGUCAAGGCGUUAUAUUUAUUGAAUGCGACCUACCAAAGGAAAAACAGAAGGAGGAGUACAUCGCCGUGAUCAAAAGCGUCGACUGGGAGACGCGGAAAAUUCAAAUUAUCAGUAACAACAAAAAAGAACACGAAAAUUUCAGAAGAUAUAACGCCGUUCGUUCCGUCGUCGAAAGUGAAAUGAUAAGAUUGAUGGCACGAAACGCACCGGGCGUCUUUCUGUCUUUGAAAAGUGACGACGUUUUGAUGAAUGAAAAAAUUGAUAACGAAAUCUCGGAGAAUUGGUCGGAACAAAUUGUGAUGGGAAAGUGUUUUGAUAGAGAAUUUAUGGUUAAAAUGGAUACUUUAUGUAAAGACAAAACGUACGUUGGAUAUCAGGAAGAAUAUGAGAGAAUGGUGGAAAGAGAGAACAAAAAGAGUAAAGAGAAGAUGGACAAUCCUGACGUUAUAGUAAAGUUACUAGAAAACGAAAGUAAUGACCAAAACGACACAGCUCAAAAAGUCGAAAAAAUUGAGCAAAAAAGUGAGAAAACAGAGAGUGGAGAAAACGAAGAGCAGAACGAGGAAAAUGCAGAAGGGUUUAAUGCGUUCUUAGAUCUGACCCAAUUUAUCUAA